AUGCUGGACUCCUUCUGGUGCCCAGAGUGCGGCCGGGUGCUCUGCGAGUCCCACCGGCACCAGCACACCUGCGAGAGGCUGGACCAGCAGAAGGAGCGGAACAAACACAUCUCGAAGAGCUUCUCCUCUUCGGGCGUCACCAAGGAGCAGCUGCAGGCGGAGAUGGCGGAGGCGGAGGCGCGCAGGGAGGCGGCCGACGAGGAGCGGCGGAACGCGGCCCGGAGGCGGGCCGUGGAGGAGGACAGCCAGCGCCAGGAGCGCAAGGGCCGGCGCCUCGUGCUCGCCCAGAAGGCCAGGUCGGUGGAGGGCUUCCUGCAGGGCGUGUCCCGGGACACCGACGCCAACGAGCGGCGCGGCAGGCGGGCGACCGACGAGCUCCUGGAGCUCUACACGCGGGCGAGGCGAAUAAGUCUCACGCUGUACAACGAGUACGAGCACCCCAGCCUGCCCGGCCUCGCGGACGAGGACUGGGAGGGGAUGAAGGAGAUUUACGCCAGGGCCAGGGAGCUGACGGGCAUGCACGUGAUGACGGAGGACGGGCCGCUGGACAUGCGGAACCCGUGGGACCCGCCGCCGCCGCCGGAGGAGGGCGGCCCCGCAGACCUCGACGGCGCCGGGGGCUCCGCCGCGGCCGCCGCCGCGGGCCGCGGCGCGGUCGGCGCGGCCGGGGUCGCCGCCGAGCUCGACGCGAAAGGCCGCGCACCAGAGGCCGCUCUUGCCGUGGUAGCCGCGCCCCGCGUGCAGCCGACAGGCGAGAACGGCGGCCGUCCCUGGUGCACGGCUGGCAAGUACGACCACAGGCAGUACCUCGCCCUGAAGCUGCUCGGCAAGACGCUCCGGUACACGGUGGACCUCUCUGGCGCCGGCUGCGGCUGCAACGCGGCCUUCUACCUCACCUCGAUGAGGCAGAACACGCACGUGUCCGAGUGUUCGGACUACUACUGCGACGCGAACAACGUCUGCGGCGAAUCGUGCGCGGAGAUCGACAUCCAGGACGCCGAGGCGGUCUGGGCAGCCGGGCACCUGGGUAGCCAGACACGUUGGCACCUGGACAGCCAGUACCCAGCUGGACACUUGGACGGACACUUGGCGAGGGCCGGGCAUUUGGCCCGAGACACCUGCGGCCUCGGUGGCGGCUACGGAGGGGGCGACGGCUGGGACGGCCCCCGCGACUGGGGCUCCGCGGAGUACGGCAAGGGCUCGAGGUGCAUCGACACGGCCAAGCCCUUCGAGGUCGCCACCUCCUUCCCCGUGGACGCGCGAGGCACCCUGGCCGCGAUGGAGGUGACGCUGACCCAGGCUGGCAAGAACUGCCCCCUCACCGUGUUCCUGGACCAGUACGAGGGGAUGGCCGAGCUUUCGAAGACGCUUGAGGAGGGCAUGACCCCCAUCGUGAGCUACUGGAGUGCCAACGACAUGCUUUGGAUGGAUGGCCAGGGCCAGGACGGGAGCGGCCCCUGCGCCUUCGACGACAUGGGCGCCUGCGGCAAGACUGUCCGGUUCUUCAACUUCUCCCUGGAGGAGAUAAAGGGCGGCGCGGGUGCCGGCGGCGCGAAGGCGGCCUCUGGCGCCUCCGCGGGCAGCCGGCCGCCGCCUGGCUUCACGGCCGCCAGCGGCUACGACAAUGCCGCCGCCCCCGCGUCGCCGGCGCCCGCGGCCGCGCCAGGAGCCUCCUCGCCCGGCAGCGUGACCGUGGCGAGCUGCCCCGGCAGGUUCGACGUCCCCGGCUACGGCAAGGUUGCGAUCGUGCCGACGGGCUGGGCCGACGCCGACGGUUACAAGCCCGUGGACGUCACCGAGAGCGGCGAGCUGGUGGCCCACAUGGACGCGCGCGCCUACUUCGCUGACACGUGCACAGCAGGGAAGUACGACCACGAGCAGUACCUCGCGCUGAAGCUGCUGGGCAAGGCAAUCCGCUACAAAGUCGACCUGUCUGGCGCAGGGUGCGGGUGCAACGCGGCCUUCUACCUCACGUCCAUGAGGCAGAACUCGCACAAGUCCGAGUGCUCCGACUUCUACUGCGACGCCAACAACGUGUGCGGCGAGUCCUGCGCCGAGAUUGACAUCCAGGAGGCCAACCAGCUCGCGUGGCACUCCACGCUGCACACUGCCCAGGACCACAGCGGCGUCGGCGGCGGCUACGGCGGCGGCGACAGCUGGGACGGCCCCCGCGACUGGGGACCCGCGGACUACGGCAAGGGGGCCCAGUGCGUGGACACGGCGAGGCCGUUCGAGGUGCUCGCCGCCUUCCCCGUGGACGGCCAGGGCACCCUGGCCGCCAUGGAGGUGACGCUUUCGCAAGAAGGGAAGACCUGCCCCCUGUCGGUCCGUAUCGGCAGCUACGAAGGCAUGGCCGAGCUCACGAAGGCGCUGAAGGAGGGCAUGACGCCUAUCCUGAGCUACUGGAGCGCGAACGACAUGCUGUGGAUGGACGGCGUGGGGUCCGACGGGCAGGGGCCGUGCAGAGUCGACGACAUGGACGCCUGCGGCGAGAGCGUGAGGUUCUUCGACUUCUCCGUGGAGGAGAUCGGCGCCUCCGGGCAGGGCGUCGCUAGCGAGGCGGCCCCGAAGAGCAGCACGGGCAACCGGCCGCCCGCCGGGGUCACGGCCGCCAGCGGCUACGGCGACGGCGGCUCCCCGGCGCCAGCGCCCGCGGCAAAGAAGAAGAGCGGGGCCGCAAAGAAGCCGAUCAGCGUCGAAUGCCCCGGCAGUUUCGACGUGCCUGGCUACGGCAAGGUGGAGCUGGUUCCGACCGGGUGGGCCGACGAUGACUUCAAGCCGGUGGAUGUCUCCAGGAAGGGCCAGCUCGUGGCUCACAUGGACGCGCGCGCGUAUUUUGCCGACGCGUGCACCGCCGGCAGGUACGACCACAGGCAGUACCUGGCUCCGAACCUCCUCGGCAAGGCGAUCAAGUACACCGUGGACCUCUCGGGCGCAGGGUGCGGCUGCAACGCGGCCUUCUAUCUCACUUCCAUGAGGCAGAACACCAAGGUCUCCACCUGCUCGGACUACUACUGCGACGCCAACAACGUUUGCGGCGAGUCGUGCGCGGAGAUCGACAUCAUGGAGGCCAACCAGUUCGCCUGGCACAGCACCCUCCACACGGCGCAGGACCACAGCGGCAUUGGCGGCGGCUACGGAGGCGGCGACAGCUGGGAUGGCCCUCGCGACUGGGGCUCCGCGGAGUUCGGCAAGGGCAGCAGGUGCGUGGACACCACUAAGCCUUUCGAGGUCUCGGCUGCUUUCCCUGUGGACGAGCAAGGCACCCUUGCGGCCAUGGAGGUGACCCUGUCGCAGGCCGGCAAGUCCUGCCCGCUUAUCGUGCGCCUUGGCUCCUACGAGGGCAUGGCGGAGCUCUCGGAGGCGCUCCGCGAAGGCAUGACGCCGAUCGUGAGCUACUGGAGCGCCAACGACAUGCUCUGGAUGGACGGCAAGGGCCAGGACGGCCAGGGCCCGUGCGGUGCCGAUGACAUGGACGCGUGCGGGGAGUCGGUGGUACUCUCGAACUUCUCCAUUGAGAAGGUCCAUGGCCGUGGGCAGAGCAACGCAGCAGCGCCGGCGGCGGCCUCCGGCUCCACCAGCGACAGCUCCUCGCCGGCGGCGGCGUGCUCGCGGACGCAGAAGGACGACUGCAGGAACACCCGCUGCUGCGCAGAGGCGGGGAUGCAGUGCUACGAGAAGCACGAGUGGUGGGCCGCGUGCAAGGAGGCCUGCGUCCCGGGCUCCACGGACCCCGAGGACACCGGGGCCGACAGGACCCCGUGGAGCUGCAAGCCCUUCGGCAAGCGCGCACCCGGCGCAGCUGCCUCCAGCAGCAGCAGCAACCGCAGCAGCGGCGACGUCGCCACGUCGCCAGGAUCUCCACAGGGCCAGGUGCUGAUCAAGGUGAAGGUCGCGGAGGACCUUCCGAUCCUUUCGGUCGGCGCUGAGCUGAAGCUGGAGAUCGGCGGCCAGAGGCUCCGCGCCAAGCUGCUCGAGGAGUCCAGCGCACUCGACGGCUCGUCUCUGCUGCAGCGCCUCGACAGCGAGGACGCCGCCCUGCCGCUUCUAGCGGCCGCCGCGGAGCCGGCGCCGGCCGGGGCGCUGCGGCGGGCCGCGGCCCCCCUGCUGCUGUCCGCCCUGCUGGCGGCGGCCGUGGCGGUGGCGCUGCGGCGGCGGGGCGCGGGGGGCGCAGGCCGCCACGGGCGCGCGGCGGCGUGGCAGCUGAUGGCAGACUCGGAGCUCGGCACGCCAGCCUAG